AUGAAAAUACCGUUUUUUACUUUACAUAUUUUAUUAUUGCAAUUUUUAUUAAUAUGUUUAAUACGUUGCUAUGUGCACAAUGAUGUAAUAAAAUUUGGAGAAGAGAAUUCCUUAAAGUGCUCGCAAGGAAACCUUUAUGUGUUACAUUGUGAAGUUCAAUGUUUAAAUGGAAAUAAUGAGAUAAUACAUAAAAGAUGUAAUGAGGAGAUAGAAAAGAAAUGUAAUGGUAAUAACAAAUGCAUAUAUUUUUUUGAAUAUGAAAUUCGAAAAAAGACUCAAUCAUUUAGAAAUAAGAAUAGUAUAGAAAUAAGUGAAUGUGUAGAAUCAGAACAGAAUGAAGUGAAAACAUCUACGACUUGUUUAUUAAGCAAUAGUUUUAUUUUAGAUGAAGCAUUUAUUCAAUAUUUCUUUUUUAUUAAGAAUAAAAAUGAGGAACCUGUUGUUUGUAAAGAUGGUAAUAUCAAUAUUAAAAGUGCACUUUUACAUUCCCCUUUUUGUGAAAUAAAAUUAAAAGAUAUAUCAGAAUAUAUUAGAAAAAAAUGUGAUAAUAAUAAAGAAUGUUUAAUAGAUCCAUUAGAUGUACAAAAAACCUUAUUAAAUGAAGAAGAUCCAUGUUAUAUUAAUAAUUCGUAUGUGUCAGUUAAUGUUGUAUGUAAUAAAGAAGGAGGAGAAACUGCAGAUGCAAGUACAGAUUCUGCAUUAAAUGACGAAGAUGAAAAUGUUAAAGGUAUGAUGUCUUCAUCACAAGAAAUCAAUUCUAAUAAUAAUGAUGAAAAUUUAAAUCAAGAUAAUACAAAUGAUGAUGAUGAUAAUAAUAUAUCUUCUAUUAAUAAAAAUGAAGAUAUGAAAGAUAUACAAUAUGGAGAUUCAAAAGAUGUUAAUAAUACAGACAUUCUUGUUAAUAAUAAAGAAAAUAAAGAACUUGUAUUAAGAGAGAAAUCAAGUUUAACAUCUAAAAUUAAUAAAGAAUUAGCACAUAGAACUGCUCUUUUCAAUAAAUUAGGUGAUAAUAUAUCAGCAUUAUUGAAUAACAAAUAUGAUUCUUUUGAUAUUAAAGAUGUAUUAGAAGAUAGAUAUAAUGAAAUGAAACGUGAUACAAAUCCAGAUGUAUAUUACAUUUAUUUAAUGGACACAUUAGAUAUUGAAAAAAUAGAAGAUAUAAAUUUAGAAGAAGUUAAAAUGUCUUUAUUAGCAUUAUUAAAAGAAACUAUGAAUAAAAUCGAAACUAUAGAAAAAAGAAUUGAUGAAAAUAAAAAUAAAUAUAUUUCAUUAUAUAAUAAAGUUAAAACAACAAUGCCAGAACUAUUUGAUUUAAAUGAAGAUUUGGUUUUAUUAUAUAAUGAUUUCCCUUUUGAUAAUGGUAUGAUUUCAUCUGAUAUAUUUUUUAAGUAUAAUCCAAGUGAAGAAUUUAUAGAUCAUAAUGAAAUGAUAAAGAAAGGUUCAAUAACUGAAGAUGAAUUAAGACUUAUUAAUGAUUUAGAACCAUUAGAUAAUUAUAGAAGAAAAAAAAGAAUUACAGAAUUAAGAAAAAUACUUGUUGAAAAAUUAAGAAUCUUAUAUUUAGAAAAAAAUAACUUAUUUAAUACACAAGCUAGUUGUAUAAAAUCUUAUUGUUAUAAAAACCCAUUGAAUCUAAGAAAAUUAGAAAUAUUAUUAAAGAAAAAUUAUUAUAGAUUAAAAGAAAAUAAAGAUUAUGAUGUUCAAUCAAGUAUUCUACAACAUCUUGAUAAUGUUAAUGUAAACAAAAAAAAUAAAUGGUUAACAAAUAAAAGAACACUUAAAAAAUUACAAGUACUUUUAGCUGAAGGAUAUAAAAGAAUAAACGAAAAAGAAAAAGAAAUUGAUAGAAGAAUGGCUGUAUAUAAUGCUCUAUAUGAAAAAGCACAAUCAUAUAAUUUACAAAAAUUAUUUAAUGAUAGUAAUGAUUUCUUAAAAAAAUAUUCUAUAAUUGGUAAUUCUAUUGAUGAUGGAGAUGAAGUAUUUGGAAAUCAAGCAUCCAACUUUAAUAUUUUUGAUAGUACUAACACUGAUCAAAAUAAUGAACAAGAACAAUCCAAAGAAGAUCAUCAUCAACAAAUAGAUAAUAAACCUGAUCCUACGUCAGAAUUUAAUAAGGAAAAUAAAGAUGAAACAACCGAUGAAGAAACUCACAAAGAGACAGAAGAAAAAUCAGAUCAACAACCUUCUGAAAGAAAUGUUGAAAUAAAAAACGAAGAUGGAAAUGAUCAAAAUGAAAAUGUAGAACAAGUUGAAACGGAAAGUAAACUUUCUGAAGAAGCUAAUGAAGAAAAUAAAGACAAUAUACCAACAUCAACAGAUGAAGUAACUGAUGAGUUACAACAGAAUGAUGAAGAUGAUGUAGCUGACAAACAAGAUGCUGAAACUGUAGAAAAGGAAGAAGAAGAAGAAGGAGAAGAAGAAGAAAAGGAAAAAGAAGAAGAAAAAGAAGAAGAAGAAAAAGAAAAAGAAGAAGAAAAAGAAGAAGAAAAAGAAGAAGAAGAAAAAGACGAACAAAAAGACGAACAAAAAGAUGAAUUAAAAGACGAACAAAAAGACGAACAAAAAGAUGAAUCAAGUGAAACAACUACCGAAACAGUAUCUAACCUUGAAGAAAAUAAAAAUGAAGUAAAAGGAGAAGAAGAAUUACAAGGAUCAGAACAAACAGUAGAAGCAUCUGAAUCAUCUCAAAAAGAUGAUGCUAAAGAAACAGAUGAUAAAGAAGAAGAAGUAAAUGCAAAUGAUGAUGAUUCUGAUGAUGAUGAUACUUCAAAUGAAGCAAAAAAACCUGAUAAUGGAAGUUCAUUUUUCUUUGCUAUGAGUAAUGCACUCUUAGUAAUUUUACUUUUAUUAUUUAUAGAAUUCCUAUAA